CACUCUCACGCUGCAAAGUGACUGUGUUAGUUUUGUGAGUGAGAGGCAAUCAGAGCCGUUAUGGACUGGAUAUGAGGGACUCUGUACCGCACACAGCACUGCCCGAAGCUGAACAUGGCGUGGAGUAGAAGACCACCAGCCUCCACGGCGCUGCUCCUUCUGUCCUGCUUAUUUUGUCGCGGAGUGAGUCCUCAGCGUCCUCAGGUCUCAGUGAACGAAAUCUCUGGCUUCAGCCUGAGUCCUCCCUACUUUAACCUGGCUGAGGGUUCAGCCAUUUCAGCCACCGCCACAUGCGGAGAGGACCAGCACUCCAGACCCAGAUCAGACCUCUACUGCAAACUGGUCGGAGGACCAACGAUAGGAGUACCGAGCCAGACCAUACAGGGCCAGUUCUGUGACCACUGCAACGCCAAUGACCCUGAUAAAGCUCACCCAGUGACCAAUGCCAUCGAUGGCACCGAACGCUGGUGGCAAAGCCCACCUCUCUCCAGAGGACUGAACUACAAUGAAGUGAAUGUCACCCUGGAUUUGGGCCAGCUUUUCCAUGUGGCUUAUGUCAUUGUCAAAUUUGCCAACUCUCCUCGCCCUGAUCUGUGGGUUCUGGAGCGCUCUGUUGAUCAUGGCAGGACCUUCAUGCCCUGGCAGUAUUUCGCACAUUCAAAACGGGAUUGUAUUGAAGGGUUUGGUAAGCAGCCUGAUGCUCGAAUCCAUCGAGAUGAUGAUCAGAUCUGUACGACGGAGUACUCCCGGAUUGUUCCAUUGGAAAAUGGAGAGAUCGUCGUGUCGCUUGUGAACGGUCGUCCAGGAUCAAAGAACUUCACCUACUCCCCAGUCCUUCAGGACUUCACAAAGGCAACCAAUAUUCGCCUGCGCUUUUUACGGACAAACACCCUCCUCGGGCAUCUAAUCUCCAAAGCUCAGCGCGAUCCCACUGUAACACGCCGGUACUACUACAGCAUCAAAGACAUCAGUGUGGGUGGACGCUGUGUGUGCCACGGCCACGCCCAGGUUUGUGGGGCACGUGUCCCAGGCAGGGCCAGCCAACUCCUCUGCGAAUGUGAGCACAACACCUGUGGAGAGUCAUGUGACCGCUGUUGUCCAGGGUUCCACCAGAAGCCGUGGAGACCGGCGACUGCUAACAGUCCCAACGAGUGUGAGCCAUGCCAGUGUCAUUCUCAUGCCACUGACUGUUAUUACGAUCUUGAGGUGGAGCGCAGAAAAGCAAGUUUGAACAUAUAUGGCCGGUAUGAUGGUGGAGGAGUGUGCAUUAACUGCCAGCAUAACACGGCUGGUGUGAACUGUGAAGGGUGUGCUGUGGGCUACUACAGGCCUUAUGGGAUUCCCCGAGAGUCGCCCACAGGCUGCAUCCCUUGCAGAUGUGACAGCAGGACCACGGUGGGCUGUGAGGUGGGUUCAGGACGUUGUCUGUGCAAGCCUCAGUUCAGCGGAGACAACUGUGAACGCUGCGCCAGAGGAUACUACGGCUACCCACGAUGCAUCCCAUAUCCAAUCCUCAUAACCACAACUAAGUCCCCAGCAGGCAGUAUUGUUGAUCCAAAUUGUCCUGUGGGGUAUUUCGGCGCACCGAGAUGUGAAGAAUGUGAUUGUGAGCGGAGGGGUACGGUUCCAGAAGUCUGCAGUGCGUCUGGACGCUGUUUAUGCCGUCCUGAGGUUACAGGCGAGCGGUGUGACCACUGUCGUCCUGGAUACCACUACUUCCCUUACUGCCAGGAGUGCCGCUGUGAUGGACCAGGGGUGGCUGACCGCUCCUGUGGCCCAAAUGGUCAGUGUCGCUGUCAUUCCAACUUUGCAGGACUACAGUGUGAUCAAUGUGCCAGAGGAUACUACGCAUAUCCAACCUGCAGGCCAUGCCAGUGUUCACGUGAAGGCUCACGUGAAGAGGCGUGUGACCAAAACACAGGUCAGUGUGUCUGUAGAGCCGGUGUAACUGGACAGAGGUGCGACCGCUGCAUUUCAGGAGACCAGAGGUUCCCCUAUUGCUUUGAGUGCCGCUGUGAUGGACCAGGAGUGGCUGACCAGUCAUGUGGUCCAAAUGGUCAGUGUCGCUGUCAUUCCAACUUUGCUGGACCGCAGUGUGAGCAGUGUGCCAGAGGAUACUACGCAUACCCAACCUGCAGACCAUGCCAGUGUUCACGUGAAGGCUCGCGUGAUGAGACGUGUGACCAACAGACAGGUCGGUGUGUCUGUAGGCCUGGAGUGGCUGGACAGAGGUGUGACCGCUGCAUUGCAAAAGGCCAGAACUUCCCCUAUUGCUUCGAGUGCCGCUGCGAUGGGCCAGGGGUGGCUGACCGAUCAUGUGGUCCAGAGGGUCAGUGUCGUUGUCGUUCAGACUUUGCUGGGAUGCGGUGUGAGCAAUGUGCCAGAGGAUACUACGCUUACCCAACCUGUAGACCAUGCCAGUGUUCACGUGAAGGCUCACGUGAAGAGACGUGUGACCAACAGACAGGUCAGUGUGUCUGCAGGUCCGGAGUGACUGGACAGAGGUGUGACCGCUGCAUUUCAGGAGACCAGAGGUUCCCCUAUUGCUUUGAGUGCCGCUGUGUUGGACCAGGAGUGGCUGACCGGUCGUGUGGUCCGAAGGGUCAGUGUCGCUGCCGUUCCAACUUUGCUGGACAGCAGUGUGAGCAGUGUGCCGCAGAAUACUACGCAUACCCAACCUGUAGACCAUGCCAGUGUUCACGUGAAGGCUCACGUCAAAUGACAUGUGACCCGAGAACUGGUCAGUGUGUCUGUAGGCCUGGAGUCAAUGGACAGAGGUGUGACCGCUGCAUUGCGGAAAGCCAGAGCUUCCCCUAUUGUUUUGAGUGUCGCUGUGACAGGCCGGGGGUGGCUGACCAGUCAUGUGGCCCAAAUGGUCAGUGUCGUUGUCGUUUCAAUUUUGCCGGGCCGCGGUGUGAGCAGUGUGCCAGAGGAUACUACGCAUACCCAACCUGCAGACCAUGCCAGUGUUCACGUGAAGGCUCACGUGAAGAGACAUGUGACCAACAGACAGGUCAGUGUGUCUGUAGGCCUGGAGUAACCGGACUGAGGUGUGACAACUGCAUUGCAAGAGAUCAGCGCUUCCCCAAUUGUUUUGGUAAAGAGUGCCGCUGUGAUGGCCCGGGGGUGGCUGACCGUUCUUGUGGCCCAAAUGGUCAGUGUCGCUGUCGUUCCAACUUUGUUGGACCGCAGUGUGAGCAGUGUGCCACAGGAUACUACUCAUAUCCAACCUGCAGACCAUGUCAGUGCUCUCGUGAAGGCUCACGUGGAGAGAUGUGUGACCAACAGACAGGGCAGUGUGUCUGCAGGUCUGGAGUGGCUGGACAGAGGUGUGACCGCUGCAUUUCAGGAGACCAGAGGUUCCCUUAUUGCUUUGCUUGUCGCUGUGAUGGGCCAGGGGUGGCUGACCGGUCAUGUGGCCCUAAGGGUCAGUGUCGUUGUCGUACCAACUUUGCUGGAAUGCAGUGUGAGCAGUGUGCCACAGGAUACUAUGGAUACCCGGCCUGCAGACCAUGCCAGUGUUCUCAUGAAGGCUCACGUGAAGAGGCGUGUGACCCGACGACCGGUCAGUGUGUGUGUAGGUCUGGAGUGACUGGACAGAGGUGUGACCGCUGCAUUGAAGGCGACCGAAGCUUUCCCUAUUGCGUUGGUAAUGCUCCCAGCGACCAGUGCAAUUCAGCAGGAUCAGAGGUCAGCGUUAAAGAUCCAAUAACGGAUUCCUGUAUCUGCCUGCCAUAUGUGGAGGGAGAAGAGUGUGAGCACUGCAAACCGCUUUACUGGAACCUGGCCCAAGAAAAUCCGAGUGGUUGUGUUGAGUGCAUGUGUGAAGUAAGGGGGACUCAGAGUGGUGUGGGUGAAUGUGAGGAGGAAAAUGGUGAGUGUAUCUGCAAGCCCAACAUUUGCAGCCGCGCCUGCAGUACGUGCAAGGACGGAUACUUCCUGCUCCAGAAGAAGAACUAUUUUGGUUGCCAGGGCUGUCAGUGUGAUGUAGGUGGGGCUGCAGCAAGUAGCUGUGAAGAAUCGACUGGGCAGUGCAGGUGUAGAAAACACAUGCAUGGACGCACAUGCUCAGAGCCUGAGCCAAACUUCUACCUUCCUACCCUACAUCAUCUGAAAUUUGAGGUUGAGAAUGGCAUCACUCCAAAUGCCAGGCAAGUGCGAUUCGGCUAUGACCCGCGGGAGUUCCCACAGUUCAGCUGGAGGGGCUACGCUGUGCUCACACCAGCACAGAGUGAAGUGUGUGUAAACGUGCAUGCCAAUGAGACCCAGCGCUCUCUCUUCCUCAUCGUGCUGUACUACUCUAACCCCACUGGAGCCAGCGUUAACGGCCGAGUCACAGUGACCCGCACACGGGGCACACCAGGGUCUGGAGAGGGUAAAGAGGUGCUGUUUCCUCCCAGCCGCUCUCCUGCUUUCCUCACUGUUCCAGGGGAUGGUUUCGCCCAGCCCUUCACUCUGACUCCUGGGAAAUGGAUUGUCUGUAUAAAAGCUGAGGGUGUCUUGCUGGACUACUUAGUGCUGCUGCCCAGCGCCUUCUAUGAAGCCCCAAUUCUACAGCACGCGAUUACAGAACCCUGUACCUACCUGGCUUCUGCUGAGAGGGGCAACUGUCUCCUGUACAAGCACGUGCCAAUGGACAGCUUCCCGUCUGCGCUGGCCUCUCAGGGGCUUCGGCAGCCCACCGCUGACCAUCCUCAACUGGCCUCUGUCAGCGGCCGACAGGCCCAACUGCGGCUGAUGCUGCAUGUUCCAGAAUCUGGCUCCCAUGUUCUGGUUCUAGAGUACGCAAGCGAGAUGAACCACACCCAGAACGUAAAUGUGUUCAUUGGUGGACAGACCCUGGACCAAGUUCAAACCAGGGCUAACAUCUACAGCUGUGCUUACAGCUUCCUCUGCCGCUCUGUAGUCGUUGAUGGACAGAAUCGCAUCGCUCACUUUCUUCUUCCUCCAAAGGCAGAAAUUCUUCUGCAGGCAUCUGCUGCCUCAUUCCUGCUGAAUCGAGUGUAUGCAGUUCCUUCUGAUAAUUUCACCAUGGAGCUCAUCAAUCCCAAGGAGCUGUGUGUCUCGGUCCACGGGCGCUUCACAGAUGACAGUAAGCACUGUGUUCAAAGCCAGUUCCACACUCCUUCUACGGCUGUUGUUCUUGACGCCUCAUCUGUGACUCGGCCGGUCAGGUUCUCAUCUCAGUCUUCAGGAAGAUGUGAUGGGCUUCUGCUCAAAUAUCCACAGACUGAGGUCGAGCUCAGUGCGCAGGUGCCCCAGCCAGGCCGUUAUGUAUUUAUAGUGCAGUACUGUCAGCCUGAGCACCCUGCCUUCCCUGUGGAGGUCCUGCUGAACAUGGGAAACACCUGGACAGGCCAGCUGAACGCCUCCUUCUGCCCUGCCAUGUCUGGCUGCAGGAGUGCAGUUAUAGCAGAGAGACGCAUCAGCCUGGACGCCAUGCAGCAGACCAUGAUAAUCACACUGAGGAUCCCGAAAGGAAAAACUCUAACUCUGGAUUACAUCCUGGUGGUCCCUGAGGACCAUUACAGCCCCGAGCUGCUUAAGGCUAAAGCACUGGAUAAGGCUUCAGAUUUCAUCAGCCAGUGUGGCUCUCAGGGCUUUUACAUCAAUCCCCGCAGUGCCUCAGAGUUCUGUAAGGCAUCAGCCCGCUCCCUGGUUGCCCACUAUUACAACGGUGCUCUGCCCUGUGAUUGUGACAAAGUGGGCUCAACAAGCCCCACCUGUGAGCCGCUUGGAGGCCAAUGUUCCUGCAGGGCUCACGUCAUUGGCCGACAGUGCACUCGCUGUGCCACAGGCUUCUACGGCUUUCCGUACUGCAGACCAUGUGACUGUGGCCAGCGGCUGUGUGACGAAGUGACGGGGGAGUGUAUUUGCCCUCCGCAGACCGUGAGACCUGCGUGUGAAGUGUGUGAGAGCCGCACGUUCAGCUAUCACCCGCUGCUCGGCUGUGAGGGCUGUGACUGUUCCCCCAUCGGAAUCGCCCCUGGAGACACGGGCCAGUGCCACAUCACCACCGGCCAGUGCACUUGUAAACCCAGAAUAGGUGGGCGACAAUGCUCUCAGUGUGUCGCCGGUUACUACCGCUUCCCUGAGUGUAUACGGUGUUCAUGUAACGUCGGGGGAGUGAUUCCACAGAUAUGUGACCCCAACAGCGGCCAGUGCCUCUGCAAGAGUAAUGUGGAGGGCUCUCGCUGUGACAUGUGCCGCAAGGGCUCGUUCCAUUUUGACCCAGCCAACCCGGAAGGAUGCACCAAGUGCUUCUGCUUUGGAGCCACAGAUCAGUGCCGCAGCUCGGAGAAACGCAGAGGAAAGUUUGUAGACAUGCGCUCCUGGCGUUUGAUGUCGUCUGAUCUGGAGGAGAUUCCCUCUGUUCUGAAUCCUCUCAGUAACACGGUGGUAGCGGAUGUUCAGGAGCUGCCCGUGUCUGUGAUGCAGCUGCACUGGGUUCUCCCUCAGUCUUACCUGGGGGACAGGGUGUCGUCUUAUGGGGGCUACCUGACAUAUCAGAUUAAAUCUUUUGGCAUUCCUCGUGAGGGCAUGCGUUUGCUGGAUAAGCAACCUGACGUUCUUCUAAAGGGGCAGAAAAUGACACUGGUUUACCAGGACACUCAGUCCCCCUCCCCAGACAGACUUUACCAGGGCCGCGUCCAGCUUGUGGAGGGAAACUUCCGCCACAGUGGCACCAACAGACCUGUGUCCCGCGAGGAGCUGAUGCGUGUGUUGUCCAGGCUGGAGGCGGUGUGGAUCCGAGCACUGCACUUCAGCCAGAGUCAGAGGCUCAGCAUCGGGGACGUAGGCAUGGAGGAGGCUAGUCUUACAGGCAGUGGGGGUCCAGCCAGCACUGUGGAAGUGUGUUCCUGCCCACCACAGUACAUCGGCGACUCCUGCCAGAGAUGUGCUCGGGGUUUCUAUAGAGACCGGAGUGGCCGCUGUGUGCCCUGUGCCUGUAAUGGCCUUUCAGACGACUGCGAGGAGAGUACAGGGAGAUGUCGGAACUGCCAAGACAACACCGCUGGAGACCACUGCGAGCGGUGUAAGGACGGUUACUACGGCAGCGCCGCUCUGAGGACCUGUAAGAUUUGUCCUUGUCCACUUCGCCUGGAGAGCAACAAUUUCGCUGUGGGCUGCAGUGAAGUGGCUGGAAGACUGCAGUGUCUGUGUAAAACAGGCUACACUGGAGAAAGAUGCGAGAGGUGUGCCCCUGGUUACUAUGGCGAACCUGAGAUUUUAGGGGGCAGAUGUCGCCCAUGCAACUGCAAUGGAAACCCCUGUUCCCCAAAGACUGGAGUUUGUAAUAAUGGACAGGAGCCUAAAGACACCAACACUGAUGAGCAAUGUCGAGAGUGUGAUAACUGUGCCCAGACCUUACUAAACGAUCUGGAUCGUCUCGAAGACGAGUUGAGUCAGAUUAAGGCUCAGCUAGAUACCUUAAAUUCUAGCUCCUCUGCUUAUGAUCGUCUGAAGAAGCUGGAGGCGGCCAUUGCUGACACUAAGAAUGUGGUGACUGAUUACAGUGCUGCAGUGGACAGGCUGAGUCCUAAAGUGGCUGGACUGGAGCAGGACAUGCUCAGUCUGAGUGAAGAUAUCAAACUGCUGUUACUGAAGGCUCAGAAGAGGUCAGAUGAUGCCCAGACUGCUGCUGCUAAUAUAGAAAAGACACACCAAAGAGCUAAAGAUCUCGAAAGUCAGACCCUGGACCUGCUCAAGAAAAUCCUAGAGCUCCUGCAGCAGUUGAAGGAUGCAGAACGGGGAAAUGGGACUCUGCCCUCCGGAGAUGUGGCUGGACUCAUGGCAGAAGCUGAGCGCAUGGUGAAGGAGAUGCAGGAGCGGAGCCUUAAACCCCAGAAAGACGCAGCUGUGAAAGAGCUGGAUGAAGCACAGAAACUUCUAGAGUAUGUUAAGAACAACUGCACUAAACAGUACGACCAGAACCAGGAGACAGCCAAUCGGCUCAAGGGACUCCUGAGUGACUAUGAAGCCAAACUGAAGGAGCUUGAGGAGGCCCUCAAACAGGCCAGUGACACAGUGAAAAAAGCCGAAGGCCAGAACAGCCUAAACGAUAAGACCCUGAAUGAUCUGCUGGAAAAAAUUAAGAAUUUGGAGAAAGAGAGAGACAAUGUUCUUAAUGACAUCGCCUUAGCAAAGCGGCAGCUUAACGACACAGAAAACCUGCUGAAAAUGCUGAGUGACAGCAAAAAGGAGUAUGAACAGCUGGCGGCACAGCUAGAUGGUGCAAAGACGGAUCUUAUGAACAAAGUAAACACCAUCUCGCAGGCAGCCGCUAAGGAGGGCCUAGUGAAAGAAGCAGAAGAUCACGCUGCUACCCUGAGCAGACUGGCCAAUGAACUUCAGGAGGCAGUGAGGAACUCGAGUGGACGCGCUGAUGUGCAAGACGCCCUCGCCGCCAUUGACGCCUACAAGAGCAUCACAGAUGCAGUCAAGGCUGCAGAAGAGGCGGCCAAGAAGGCCAAGGAGGCAGCUGACAAAGCUCUGAAUGACGUUAUUCAGGGAGAUGUAACCAACAGAGCAAAAGAUCUGAAAGACGAAGGAAACAGGCUCCUCAAAGACGCCAAGAAUGCUGCAAAAGACCUAAAACAGGCCACGGAUGACCUGACUGACCAACAGCAGCGAUUGGAUGAUGCAGAAAAGAAGAAGAAUGCAUUGGAGAAGGAGCUGGCAGCUAUAAACUCUGGUUUGAAGGGUAUUCAGAGAGAUGACAUUGGUAGAAUGAUUGAUGCAGCAAAGAAAACAGCAGAAGCGGCUAAUGCCUCAGCUACCGACACCUUGAACCAGCUGAAGGCCAUCAACAAAGAGGUAGCUAAGAUCAAUGCCACCCCGUCCAGCUCAAACAUUGACCAUAUGCUCAAUGACGUCGAUAUGACAGUGAAAAACCUGAGCAGCUCCAUCCCUUCCUUGCUGGAUAAAAUUGCUCAGGUGGAGAGACUGAGUUCUCAGAUUGACCCCAACAACAACAUAUCCAACAACAUCAACCGCAUUAAGGACCUGAUUGAUCAAGCUCGAGCCGCCGCCAACAGGAUUGCUGUGCCCAUGAAGUUCAAUGGUGAUGGUUAUGUGGAACUGCGUCCCCCGAAGGACCUUGAUGACCUGCGAGCAUACGCAGCUCUUAGCCUCCUCCUUCAGCGGCCCAUUUCAAACCCCCGAGGGGAUUUAGGACGCAGACGCAGACGUCGCCAGGUCACCGCAGACACUGGCAAUUUGUUUGUGCUCUACCUUGGAAACAAAGAUGCAUCAAAGAACUACCUUGGCAUGGCUCUGAGAAACAACGUCCUCUAUUUCAUUUACAAGCUGAACGGAAGGUCUUAUGAGCUGGAGACAGGUUCCAUCACACUGUCGGACAAGGAGCCGUCCUACUUCGACAGAGUGGAUAUCCACAGAAUUUACGAAGAUGUUGAGGUCAAACUCACAAAAGUGUUCACAUCGACUAAUCCUCCCGAUCCAGUAACUUAUACCCGCCGAGGAGACCCCCUUCAAAACCUGCUGAACCUCGACCCCAACGAAGUGGUCUUUUAUGUUGGUGGUUAUCCAGAUGACUUCACUCCUCCAGCUCCUCUUAAUUAUCCCAAAUAUCAGGGCUGCAUCGAGUUUGCUACAUUGAAUGAGAAAUUCAUCAGUCUGUACAACUUUAAGUCACUGACACCUCAGAACAUCAGCGAUCGACAGCCGUGUAAGAGAUACGUUCCACCCAGAAAUGACUACUUUGAAGGCUCAGGUUAUGCUAAAGUCCAGCUCGACAAGAUGCCCCCAGUACUGAUCAUCUCUCAGAAGAUGGAAUCCAAAGCUGACAACGCUGUCUUGCUGUAUAUUACAAACGAGAGCUCCUUUUACUGUCUUACUCUCGAGAAAGGUCAUAUGGUGAUGCGUGGCAGAGAUGGUGCUAGGGUCCUGAAAGAAGUGAUAAGUACCAGCAGACACGAUCUGAAUGGGGACCUGAAGGUCAUUUUCCAAAGUUCCGAGGGAAGAAUAAGGGUCCGUAUGAAUACAGCGGAGGUCUUGGUUUUUCCAUACACUCCACAAACAUUUGACAGCUACUACAUUGGAGGCCUUCCUAAGGAUCUAAGAGAGAGAGACAACAUCACAGUGCUGCCUCUGAAGGGCUGUGUAUACGGCUUGAGUGCCGGUGGCAGAACUCCAAAUGUUCUUGAGCGAGUGGGCGUCGGGCGAGGCUGUAACCCAGAAUUGCUGAACACUCGGAAGGCAGAGUUCAGUGCGGGCAGUUCCUUGGAAACCCCACCCGCAGGCUUUGAUCUGUCUAACGAUGUGGUCCUGUCCAUCGGCUUCAGAAGCACAGAGAAAAAAGGCCUUCUGCUGCAGAACAAACAGGAUGCCAACGAGCUUCAGCUGGAUAUGGUUGAUGGUCAUGUGAUGCUGACUUUCCGAAACAGUGUGUGGAAAUCCAAAAAACAAUACCAAGAUGGAGAAUGGCAUCAUCUGACUGUUGUCAAAAAAGGGCAAAACAUCGAGUUUCGAGUUGAUGAAGAUGAUGAAGGAGAGAAGACCACAGUCUCACUCCCUGCACUCAGCUUCAAAUCUAAUGACAUCAUUUUGGGCAAGGGCACCUUCACGGGUUGCUUGUCCAAUCUCUACAUGAGAAGGCCUGAUGUUGAAUACAAAGCAGAAGACUUGAGUACAUUUACCCCAUAUGGAGACGUGCUCCUGGAUGUGUGCAGUGCCGCGCGGCCGCCGGAGAACAUGCUGGCCGGCCGCAAUCAGACACUCAAUCAGAAUGGCAGAGAAGAUGUGAAAGUGGACGAAGGCUCCGACUGUUUCACUCCCACUCCUAUCACACAUUCCUUUCACCUGGCAGGUGCCUCCAGCAGUCUGAGCUACAUCGUCCCCUCCACAACUCUCACCAACAUGCCCUAUUUCUCUUUAGACAUUAAGACGAGGUCAGCAGAGGGGCUGCUGUUCUACAUUCCAGCUGAGCAGGACAACUACCACGUGGCUCUUUACGUUUCCAAGGGAAGAAUCCGCUUUUCUAUUGGAAGCCAGAGAGAGAUCUUAAACAGGGAUAAGUACAACGAUGGAAAGUGGCACACGGUAACUCUGAGCCUGGAGAAGCGCAAGUUCCGUCUGGUGAUUGAUGGUCUGAGGGCAAAGGAUGGCGAACUGAAUCCUAGAGAGGGUUCUUCAAUCCAGCUGAGCUCAGCCAUUUACCUGGGCACUCCUCCACCGUCCACACACAAGGUUCUGAAGGAGAAGAGACUGCCUGAGCAUGGAGUGAUUGGCUGUAUUCGCAAUUUCAAAAUGAAUGGCUCACCGAUGGUGGCAGCAACGGUGAAUCGUGGUGUGGGUCCGUGUUUUGAGGGGCCAACAGAGAGUGGGGCCUACUUCUCAGGACAUGGAGCUUAUGUUAUUGUUGAUGAGUCAUUUGUCGUGGGUCAGAGCUUCGAGCUGGUGUUCGAGUUGCGGCCCAGUAAGCAGAGCGCCCUCCUGCUGCAUGUGGGAAAACAAAACCAUCUCACUGUGUUCAUGAGGAGAGGAGAGGUGGUGGCACAGGUGAACAACGGAGGGGGUAAAUUCAGUGUAGUUGUGCAGCUGAAACAGCCUCUGUGUGACGGGGUGUUCCACAGGAUAGCAGUUAUCCAGCGCAACAACGUGGUGGAGAUGCAUGUAGACACAGAGGGCAAUUACACCAUAGGCCCGAGCUCUUCUUCCCCCACCCAGGACACUCAUCCUGUUUAUGUAGGCGGAGUUCCAGAUCAUCUCAAGUCCUCCCUCCCUGUUGCUGAAUCCUAUGUUGGCUGUCUCCAAAACAUUGUGAUCAACAGGAAUGUGGUUGUCCUUGAGAAGCUCUCUGGGGUAUUUGGUACUGUAAACCUCAGAGAAUGUCCAGUUAACUUGAGGCCGCCUCAGCACAGCCCCAGAGUGAAGUCUGCAGCAAGAAGGCCAUAAGAGUGUAGAAUCUAUGCCAAAAUCUACCACUGAUGGUUGUUAGGGGUCAAUGUUUACCAGUUCCAGCCCUGAAGAGACGUCUGUGCAGCUGCUUAAAGGAAUAUUCUAAUGUUUUUCUACCUGCUUCAUCUGCAGCAUACGACAGUAAUUCCCCCGCACUUAGAAAAGAACAGAUAACUUGUCGACAUGCUUUUAGCAGAUGCCAGAAGUUCGAUGCUCCAGCACCUGUCCAUCAUAUACCAUCACAUAUGCAACAGAAGCGGCAGAUAGAGCUUGUUUUUUAAAUGUUGGAAUAUUCCUGUAACUGAAUGAACUGUGCAGUUCAAAGGGGUCCAAGCAAAAUCAUUGCUUUUCUCUUAUGAGGAAGAUAGAUGUUUAUGUUCUAAUGCAGGUGAACUGGAUUGUAAUAUAUUAAUUCAUUAGCCUGUUUGCAAAUAUUUAAAGUAGGGCUCUUCAUGUUAACACAGACGAAUGAUUAUAAAUCUGUGUCCUGAUGUACUGUAUAUCAAAGUAGCGCCUUUGACCAUUAUAAUGUUUACCACUUGAAGUACUUCUCUGUAAGCUGUAUUAUAUUUUGUGUAAAGACUUGUAAGGUAAGAUCAUGGACCAUUUUUAUAAUGUUGUAAAAUGUAUUUAUGUAUAUGAUUAAAAUAACCCUUUUUUUCAACA